AGAGACGCGCGCCGCGGGCUGCGGUGGCUGAAGAGGAGGCUGAGCGGGCGCGGGCGACACCGACAGUUCCAGUUACUAUGGCAAUGACGGCAGGGGCAACAACUACCUUUCCUAUGAGCAACCAUACCCGGGAAAGAGUAACUGUGGCCAAGCUCACACUGGAGAAUUUUUAUAGCAACCUAAUUUUACAGCAUGAAGAAAGAGAAACCAGGCAGAAGAAGUUAGAAGUGGCUAUGGAAGAAGAAGGAUUGGCAGAUGAGGAGAAAAAGUUACGUCGAUCGCAGCAUGCUCGUAAAGAAACAGAGUUCUUACGUCUUAAGAGGACCAGACUUGGCCUGGAUGACUUUGAGUCUCUGAAGGUUAUAGGAAGAGGAGCUUUUGGAGAGGUGCGGCUGGUCCAGAAGAAAGACACGGGGCACAUCUAUGCCAUGAAGAUCCUGAGGAAAGCUGACAUGCUUGAGAAAGAACAGGUGGCUCAUAUCCGAGCAGAAAGAGACAUUUUGGUGGAAGCAGAUGGAGCCUGGGUGGUGAAGAUGUUCUACAGUUUUCAGGACAAGCGGAAUCUCUAUCUCAUCAUGGAAUUUCUUCCUGGAGGUGACAUGAUGACAUUACUGAUGAAGAAGGACACCUUAACAGAAGAGGAGACACAGUUCUACAUCUCAGAGACUGUCUUGGCGAUAGAUGCAAUUCACCAGCUGGGCUUCAUCCACCGGGACAUCAAACCAGACAACCUUUUACUGGAUGCCAAGGGACAUGUAAAGCUGUCUGAUUUUGGUUUGUGCACGGGGUUAAAGAAAGCUCACAGGACUGAAUUCUACAGAAACCUCACACAUAACCCGCCAAGUGACUUCUCAUUUCAGAACAUGAAUUCAAAGCGGAAAGCAGAGACGUGGAAGAAGAACAGGAGACAGCUGGCUUACUCCACAGUUGGAACACCAGACUACAUUGCUCCAGAAGUAUUCAUGCAGACUGGCUACAACAAAUUGUGUGACUGGUGGUCCUUGGGAGUGAUUAUGUACGAGAUGCUAAUAGGCUUUCCACCUUUCUGCUCAGAAACACCUCAAGAAACGUACAGAAAAGUUAUGAGCUGGAAGGAGACGCUGGCAUUUCCUCCGGAAGUGCCCGUCUCUGAGAAAGCCAAAGACUUGAUUCUCAGAUUUUGUACUGAUUCUGAAAACAGAAUUGGGAAUGGUGGUGUGGAAGAGAUCAAAAGUCAUCCGUUCUUUGAGGGUGUAGACUGGGGGCACAUAAGGGAAAGACCAGCAGCUAUUCCUAUAGAAAUCCGGAGUAUAGAUGACACCUCAAACUUUGAUGACUUCCCUGAGUCUGAUAUCUUACAGCCAGUGCCGAAUACCACAGAGCCCGACUACAAAUCCAAAGACUGGGUUUUCCUCAAUUACACCUACAAAAGAUUUGAAGGGCUGACCCAGAGAGGCUCCAUUCCCACAUACAUGAAAGCUGGGAAGUUAUGAUGAUCACAGUCGCCCAUGGCCAGGAGAACUCAGGUAGCUGCAUCCCCAGGCUGGCUCGGCAUCAGCACCAGGAGCUCCGGGACGGUGCUGCUCUCCAGCCAGAGGAAUGACUACAGCUUGGGAAUCUGAGGCUGCUACGGCUAUGGGAAUUGCUCAGCUUUUUUUUUUUUUACAAAGGUACUGGAACAAAAGGAACAGACAUUCCCUCCUAACUGCACUGCCUACGUGCAUGUUGAGAGGUCCAUCCUGCCCAUGUGCUGCGCUUCUGAUUGCAACACUAAUCCAGCCAGAACUGCAUAGCACUACAGCACCAUGACAGCCUGAGGUUGCUCUCAGUGUCCCUGCUUCACUGCAGAGCCCGUGGUUCUAGAAUCAGUGAAAAGCCAUCUUCUGUAGCUGCUGUUAGAACAUUUGCCCUGUUGGUUUGGACAUUGUAAGCUCUACAUGAAGACAGUUUCUGUACAGGCUCCAAGGAACUUAAGGACACUGACUUCGACAUUAGAAUUUCCUGUCAAGUUCUCACGCAGACCCUGUGGCAGGAAAGGCAAGCUUCUGUCAGGGUGAGGGCAUUUCUCACCUUCACUCUGGCAUCUCCAAGGCUGAUGGUGCUGAGAGAUUGUGACUUGACGACCGAUGUGCACACAGGAGAUGGACCUGAAUGAUUGUCAGCUACUCCACUUUUAACAAGAGGGCAUAGCAUUGUUUUAGUUUGAGGAUGGUGAGCUGAGUUUCAGAAAUGACCAUGAAAGCUGCUUGUAGAACCUAGUGUGUUUUUAUUAAACUAUUUUUUUAAAUGUCAAACUUCUGAUCAGUCAAUGGACACUGUGGAGAACAGAGUGUGACUCACUGUGGCUUUCUGCAGAAGUGGCACUUUCGUGCUGGUGACCCUUUGUUCCCUUGAUUGCACUAGUGCCAUUGUUUUCCAAUGAACCAAAGAUCCUGGACAGUGGCUGUCAGAGGGGAGUGGAGCUCUGCUUUACAGGGGUGCUGCGCUCCCUUGACAGAGGCCAGCCCUGUCCACUGUUAGCUCAUCACUGUGGUUAAAGCCCAUUAUGAAAUAAAGGAAGUGGGUGCAGGCUGGGAGGGUGUGACUGGAGACUGGGCAAAGAAGUCAGCAUCAGAUUCUAGGGGUGUUUCGCUAAGGAUUACAUCAUCUUUUCUUGCUUAGCAUUUUGAUUCUGAAACAACUUUCUGAAGAGAUGUAGUUUUGUGAGUUGUAGUUGUAGUAACUCCUCAGGGAAUGGCUAAUGUUUAUCAUCUAUGAUUGAUACAGUGAGGCUUUAUGGGAGGAAUGUUUCUCCUGAGGGGACUGAGCAAUGCCUUGUGACCCCUCUUUCAUCAAGGCCAUCAGCUCCUGAUAUAUUUUGAUGAGUCCUUUAAGGCUCCCCCAUUUUGCUGUUGAGUCUGGUAAUCAACACCACUUGUUAUGUACUGGCUCAGCUGUGGCCUGAUGGAUCCUAUGCCAGGUAUUUGGAGAAAGCACUGGAAAUGGUAGAUAAGCCUCCCUGACUUCAGCUGCCUUAGUAUCUGCAGGGUAUAUGAGCGUCUCCAAGUUGUCUGUCUCAAGGGUACUUUAGCAGCAGAGGCCCCUGGGUAUAGGGAUUCUACCUUUUCUUUCAGAAUGGGACUUUUCUAGUGUGAGAGUAUCUGGGUUGGGUAGGAGACCUUGCCAAAUUCUCUAGCUCAGGUGCGAUAACUGCCUAGCUACCAUACCGUAGGGUGGGUGUUGUCAAGUCCAGGUGACUGGGGUAGUUUGAGAUUAGUGUACAGGAGAAUUACCGAACUCAUGUUUCCAUGAUGUAGGGACAGAACACUUCGUCUGAUCUCUGUUGUGGCUGUGAAAGCUGUGAGGCAGGUUUCCUGGUGGUGGAGAGGCAUUUUGGCAAGUUUGCUUUGCGGGUUGCCUCCUCCCCUGGCAUUAACCUGGCUGCCGCUCUUCAGGAAUUUCUCGUGGAAGUGGUCCCUAAUCUAGUAUAAAGGCCCCUAAAGACUGUCUGUCUGUUGAAGUAAAAAUAUGAGGCAUGGUGCAAAUUAUGCAAAUAAUUUGCAGAGAUCCUCCAAUACUGACUUUUUUCCAUUAUACAUUUCCCAUAUUUUAGGUAAAUAAUGUAAUUUAAGUGAUAAAACCCUAUCUUAAUCAACUGGGCAUAGUGACAUUUUCUCUUAAUCUCUAUUUUGAAUCUAGGAAGUUUUAUUAUAAACGGUGGUUUGGGUUUUUCUAAAGAUACAGAAAAUAUGUACAAUUCAGAUGUAUUGGUUUCCUGAUUGAAUAGAGGCUUGUAUUUUUUCAUUAAAACCUUUGUGUUGAA